ACACAGUUCUUUGUCACGGUGGCUGUCAUGGCUCGGAUUCCCACACGGUUCCCCCACAGAGACGACUUCAAGAUCCCUCAAGACUGUCAUGGCCACAUUCUCUUCGACGCCCAUCGUGAUCGAUGGAAAGGGUCACCUUCUUGGUCGCUUGGCCUCCAUCAUUGCCAAACAGGUCCUUUCCGGACAGAAGAUUGUUGUUGUGAGGUGCGAAGAGAUCAAUAUCUCUGGCAGUUUCUUCCGCAACAAGUUGCGCUACCACAACUUCCUUCACAAGCGCCACAUUGUCAACCCCAAGAAGUCUGGUCCCUUCCAUCAUCGCGCUCCCUCCAAAAUCCUUUUCCGUGCUAUCCGAGGCAUGGUUCCCCACAAGACGGCCCGGGGUGCUGCAGCGCUUGAAAGGUUGAAAUUGUUUGAGGGUGUUCCUCCACCCUAUGACCGCAAGAAGCGGAUGGUAGUACCUGAGGCUCUACGGGUGUUGCGGCUGAAGCCUGGCAGGAAAUACUGUACCGUUAAGCGUUUGUCGCAUGAGGUUGGCUGGGGCUACAAGGACGUUGUUGACCGGCUCGAGGAGAAGAGGAAGAUCAAGGCACAAGCAUUCCAUGAACGCAAGAUUGCAGCCAUCAAGCUGCGCCAAAAGGCAGUUUCGGAUGCCUCGCCAUCCAUUGGGAAGCUUGCAGAGUAUGGGUACUAGGUAUUGGUGCCUGCUUUACGGGCGAUGUCCUCGAGUUGUAUGCUAUAAGAUGCUAUAAGACACCAUGCAUGUAACUAUGCGAUCUCUGCCCGCCCAGCGGUUUUAUUAUGACUUUCUGGAAUACAUCAUAGAGUGGGUG